AUCAAACAACGUUCUGUAGUAAUUCGCUUUGAGUUGUUCGAAGCCAGGGUAGUUCACAGCCUUAGCAAUGCUCAACGCUUCAUCCCAUUUUUGCAGUUGAUACAUCUCAAUCGCUUCUUCGAUGGCGUUCUAAACAUCAUCCCAUUCGAGCCUAUUCCCAAAAUAGAGUCUUUAGAAUGGUCUGUAAAAGGUAGAACCCACAUUUUUUAGAUAGAUAUUCUCGGCUUCCUUGAAAUUCCGCAUCAAUUGCGCAGCAUUGGCCCGAAUUUUCCAAUGUUGCGUGCCGUCGCCACCAAUCUCUUUAGCCGUAACUUCUGCCAUUUCUGCAUUUCUGAAAGCAGCUCGGGCUCGAGGGUAUUCAUUGAGAGCUGCAAAACAUCGCUGAGCGACGAAGAAGUUUUUCUGUUCCGAGGCCAUUUGCGCUACUUUGUUCCACAUCGAGUAGGCAUCAUCGACUUUGUAGUGAUCCAGAAAUGCAGAGGCUCUGUUCAGAUCUCCUGAUUCCAACGCUGACCCGAAAUCAAUUUGGACGUUGUCAAGCUCGUACGCGACUUUGGCGUUGUCUUCCUGGACGAUAACUUCCGUACGUUCCGCAUCUCGGAGAACACUUUCUAUUUCACCUUUGAUGGUAAUCGUGGUUACUUGAUCGGGUAA